UAGCAGGGGCUUUCAAUAUGGCGGCCAGAUUCUUAACGUUGCUGUUUUCACAGGAGGAAGUUGUCUGAAAUCAAUAACAUUGUUGGACUUCAGACUGUUUGUUGGUUACUUUAUAACGCAAACAAGCAAAAAAACAGCGUAACUAGCUGACAAUGGCGAGUUGCCGUUUGACGACGUUUCUUGCAUCAAAUACGAACUCGGAAGCUAAUUUAGUUAGCAAGCUAGUCAGAGCUAAUCAUAGCUAAUCAGAGCUAGCUAGUAAAAUAAGUCGUUUUACUGGCAAAAAAGGAGCUGUUUAACAUAAAAAUGUCUCUUUCUGAAUCAGAAGAAAGUUCUCCUCUGCUGAAAGGAGAUGCUGAAAGCAUGCAGGAUGCGGAGAGGAGCCGAUGGAGGUCAAUCAGGGUCAUGUACUUCACCAUGUUCCUCAGCAGCGUGGGGUUCACAAUCGUCAUCACGUCCAUCUGGCCUUAUCUACAGAAGAUCGACGUCAGCGCAGACGCUAGUUUCCUGGGUUGGGUCGUGGCUGUGUUCAGCCUCGGACAGAUGGUGGCGUCGCCCUUAUUUGGACUUUGGUCCAAUCACAGACCUCGAAAGGAGCCUCUGGUGUGUUCCAUAGUCAUCAACAUCACAGCUAACAUAUACUACUCCUACGUGUACCUGCCUCCGUCUCACAACAAAUACCACAUGCUCCUGGCUCGGGCGUUCGUCGGAUUCGGAGCAGGUAACGUAGCUGUCGUGAGGUCUUACGUAGCAGGAGCCACUUCGCUGAAGGAGAGAACCAGCGCUAUGGCCAACAUGAGCGCGUGCCAGGCUCUGGGCUUCAUCCUGGGCCCAGCUCUUCAGGCAGGUCUGUCGUUUAUCGGUGAGAAAGGAUUCAGCUUGGACGUCAUUUCCCUGAAGCUUAACAUGUACACGGCGCCGGCGCUGCUCGCCGCCUGCUUCGGCAUCAUCAACAUCCUGCUGGUCAUCAUCGUCCUGAGAGAGCAUCAUGUCGAUGACCACGGCAACCAGAUCAGACCCAUUAACUACGUCUCAACAGAGCAUCUCGUCGUGCCUCCUGAGGCAGAAGGGAACAUCGACCAGGUCGCAGUGCUUACAUCCAACAUCCUCUUCUUCAUCAUCCUCUUCAUUUUCGCUGUGUUUGAAACUAUAGCCACUCCUUUAUCGAUGGACAUGUUCGCGUGGACGAGGAAAGAAGCCGUCCUGUACAACGGGAUCAUUUUGGCGGCCAUCGGCUUCGAGUCCAUUAUAGUGUUCCUUGUGGUGAAGCUGAUCUCUGUGAGGUUUGGUGAUCGUCCGGUGCUCUUAGGAGGCCUCGUCAUCAUAUUUAUGGGCUUCUUUAUCCUGCUACCUUGGGGACACCAGUACCCAAAAAUUCAGUGGGCAGAUCUUCAGAACAACUCCAUGCCAGCUUUGGGACAUUCCCUGGUCUCUAACAGUAGUGUAGAACCGACCGGAUGUCCUUCAGAUCAGACCUGGUGCCAGUUCACCCCCGUCAUCCACCUGGCCCAAUACCUGACGUCUGAUCUCCUGAUAGGAGUGGGUUACCCCGCCUGCAACGUCAUGUCCUACACGCUGUACUCCAAGAUCCUCGGACCCAAACCACAGGGUGUGUAUAUGGGCUGGCUCACAGCCUCAGGCAGCGCUGCUCGGACCCUGGGCCCCGUGUUUGUCUCUCAUGUCUACACCAUGUUGGGUCCUCGCUGGACCUUCAGUCUGAUCUGUGGCAUCGUCCUGGUGGCCAUCCUGCUCCUCACAUCUAUGUACAGACGACUUAUAUCCUUCUCCGUGCGCUACGGAACGAUACAGGAGUGAUUGUCUGAAGACAUAUUGUGACAUUUUACGAACUAAAGACUCUGGGUAGUGGGGGAUGGAGAGAUGGAUGGAACGUGUGUGUGUAAGGGCUUAGAUCAUGGUAGAUCACUGAGGUAACGUGCAAUUAAUACUGAGAAAUAAAAGAAAUAACAUUCAGAACUUGGACAAAAGUCAAAAGUUAAAUGUUCUUAUUAUCAGCGUAAUAAGAAACUGGAGGAACUCACUCAUAUUUGCACAUUUUAAUGAACAUUAUAACUUGUGUUUUAACUUUUAUUUUAUUAACCUUCUGACGGGUAUUUCCACUUAAUCCAGGUCUAUUAAUUACACGAUACGUGUAAAAGCAUUAAAACUGGUCCAAACUUUGUGGAGAAGUUUUCUGUAAAACACUGAACUGUAAAAACGACUGUAAUUAUCAUCCAUUAAACAUUUUAAUUUAGCUAAAA